AUGAUGGUGGACGACGGCACCACCAUCAACGGCAUCAUGAUCGAUGCUCCGGAACAGGACAACAGUGGCGACCCUGCUGGGUUUCCGGCGACUUGGCAUGGGCCUCCCUGCUCUGCUGACGAGGCACGAUCCGGGGUAUCUCACAAGAAACCUUCUCGGCGACACAUACCUUCCUGA